AUGUCUGCCCUCCUAAGAGCCAUUCCAAGAUUUUCGAGCACCUCCCUAAGAUCUCAACUACGCACGCAAUUAAGAUUGCAAUUGACCGCUUCAUAUGCCUCGUAUCCCGCACAUACCAUAAUAGGUAUGCCAUCCCUAUCUCCCACUAUGACACAUGGUAACUUGGUUGCAUGGUCCAAGCAGGUGGGAGAUCAAUUGGCUCCAGGGGACGUCCUUGCGGAACUGGAAACUGAUAAGGCUCAAAUGGAUUUCGAAUUCCAAGAUGAUGGAUAUUUAGCCAAGAUCUUGGUCCCCGAGGGAACCAAAGAUGUUCCAAUUAAUAAACCAAUCGCAGUUUACGUGGAGGAUGCAGACGAUGUGGCCGCCUUUAAAGAUUUUAAAAUUGAAGAUUCAGCAGAUGCAGCAGCUACUACUACUACUACGGAAGUGAAAGAGGAAAAGCCACAACAACCUGAAAAGAUUAACGCUCAACAGCAACCAACUCAAAAAUCAAAAGAACAGAAAUCAUCGCCAGUCACUCAAGAAGAUACUACUGGAAGAAUUAUUGCUUCACCUUUGGCAAAGAAAAUAGCUUUGGAGAAUGGUGUAGCUUUAAAGGGUUUCAAGGGUUCUGGUCCACAUGGAAGAAUUGUUAAAGAUGACGUUCUAAAGUUAGUGGAACAACAAAAGAAAGCUGCAACCGCCACAGCAGCUUCACCAAAGGGACCUUCCUCAACUUCGGGUACUGGUAUUUCCUCGUAUGAAGAUGUUGAAAUUUCCAAUAUGAGAAAAAUUAUUGGUGAUCGUUUGCUACAAUCUACGCAGGGUAUCCCAUCUUACAUUAUUUCUUCUGAUAUUUCAGUAUCGAAACUACUAAAAUUAAGAAAAUCUUUGAAUUCAACAGCCAAGGACAAAUAUAAGUUAUCCAUAAAUGAUAUCUUAAUUAAAGCUGUCACUGUUGCCGCCAAGAGAGUUCCAGAUGCCAAUGCCUAUUGGAGACCAGAUGGACAAGAUAUUAUUAGGAAAUUCAAGAAUGUGGAUGUUUCAGUAGCAGUCGCUACACCAACAGGUUUACUAACCCCAAUUGUGAAAAAUGCCGACUCUAAGGGUUUAGUGACAAUUUCUAAUGAAGUGAAGGAAUUAGUGAAACGUGCAAAGAUAAAUAAAUUGGCUCCUGAAGAAUUUCAAGGUGGUACCAUCUGCAUAUCUAAUAUGGGUAUGAACGAUUCUAUUUCUAUGUUUACCUCGAUCAUUAAUCCACCUCAAUCCACUAUCCUAGCUAUUGGGACCGUUAAAAAAGUUGCUGUAGAAGAUGCCGGUGCUGAAAGUGGAUUCUGUUUUGACGAACAAAUGACAAUAACAGGAACAUUUGAUCAUAGAACCAUCGACGGUGCAAAAGGUGCAGAUUUUAUGAAGGAAUUGAAGACUGUCAUUGAAAAUCCUCUGGAAUUAUUAUUGUGA